CUUUGAACAACACAAUACCUGUUUACCAGGGAGACAAAAAAACUUUAGCCCUGCAAAACCGCUACAGGUAGAUUCAGUGAUACACAAAUCUUAUCGUACGCCAGGGCGAGUGUUAAGGUCUUUAACGUACACCCACUGGCUGCUAAACAUAUAGCUAAAGAUGCUCCUCCGCAAAACUUGAGGACCCCCCCCCCCCCCAGAAGAGACCAGAAACCCUUGCUUUGCUGCCCCGUACAAAUCUGCUCUGUAGCAUACAGGUAGGACAACCAAAGCUUACGCUAUGCAUUGGCUACUCGCGUAGCUUUUGUUUCAUGAAAAUGGAAUGGCUUCCUUUUUCUGAUGUGCAAGAAAAGGUUUUUUUUUUUUUUUUUUUCUUUUCUUUCCCUAUUUGGUGUGAAUUAUUGGUGCUAGAUCUUUGAUGUUCCUGGGUUUUGGCGAAGUGGGUUAUCAGUUGAUUGCUUCUGGAUCUGAUUUUUGCAAUUUGUAGUGGUACUGGUUAGGGUUUUCAUGCAAAACAAGGGAAACCCAUGUCUGUAGUGUCUGAUUCAUGCAAGGCUGGGUUUGGGAGAGAAAAAGGGGAUGAGGUUUUGGAUUGUAUCUACUAAAUUUGGUGCUUUUUAUUAAGAUUUGAAUCUACAAAAACAGCAAACAAACAAAGAACAAGAAGAGGAAGAAGCUAGAAUCUUUAUCCAUAGUCUCUGUUUGGUGGUUAUCCAUUCUAGCUACCUUCCUUUAGUUGGGUGUUUGUCACUAUUCGAUUCAACAAGGCAAAUAGAGGAAGUGACACUGACAGAGUCAGAGAUUUUUAUUUCCUUCUUGCUUUGAUUUUCUGAAAGGUGAAGGACUUUCCUUUUGCAAGAGUUGGACAUGGCGAAUCGAUGGUGGGCUGGGAAUGUGGCGAUGAGAGGGGUGGACCCCAUGUCCUCGGCCCUAUCGCUUGACCUGAGAAACCCAGACGACGACAAUGGCGGACUAAACCGGCUCGGACCGAGAAGAGAGCAAGAAUUCAUGGACAGCAACAUCGCCCUCAACAACAACAACAACAACGGUAACACAAACACCACUCCCACCAAUAGCAGCACCAGCAACACCACCCCACAGAAGCAAAACCCUGAAGACGAAGAUAGCCGAGACGAUCGCGAAUACGAGGACCCCAACACCGGAGCCCAAGAAGCCGGCGAGCUGGGUAGUAGUGGCCGCAGGCCUCGAGGCCGACCGCCGGGGUCGAAGAACAAGCCAAAGCCUCCAAUAGUGAUUACGAAAGAAAGUCCAAAUGCUCUCCGAAGCCAUGUAUUGGAAAUCAGCAGUGGCGGCGAUAUUGUCGAGUGCAUUGCCACGUUCGCCAACAGGCGGCAUAGGGGGGUUUCGGUUCUCAGUGGCAGUGGCAUUGUCACCAACGUUACUCUUAGACAACCUGCGGCCCCGGGCGGAGUCAUCACGCUUCAAGGAAGAUUUGAGCUUUUGUCUCUAUCGGGUGCCUUCUUGCCUGCCCCAUCGCCACCAGGGACAACGGGGCUAACUGUUUAUCUAGCUGGCGGGCAGGGUCAGGUUGUUGGUGGGACUGUCGCCGGUGCGCUUGUGGCGUCGGGGCCGGUUAUGGUGAUUGCAGCGACGUUUACGAAUGCCACGUAUGAGAGGUUGCCGCUAGAGGAUGAGCCGGCUGGGGAGGGAAUGCAAGUGCAGCAACAAUCGGGGACUAGUGUAAAUUCAGCAGGCCAGAGUUUGGGUGAACAAGCGGCAGCUUCUAUGCCUAUGUACAAUUUACCUCCAAAUUUGCUACCAAAUGGUCAGAUGCCCCCGGAUGUUUUUUGGGCUCCUCCUCCUCGUCCUCCUCCUUACUGAGAGAGAGAGAGAGAGAGAGAGAGAGAGAGAGAGAGAGGGGGGGGGGGG